UUACGUUCGUCUCUGUCUGGAUUUACGUUGGUUCCGGGAGACGCGUUGGCAAUUUCCUAAACAGACUGGUUACCUCAGGGUUUCAUCCGCCGUACGUUUCGCUGUCCGGACGGUUUCUCGUGGGGAAAGAGGAUAAUUCAACGAUUUGUUAUGAGCAGGUUGCCCUGACAUGGACACAGAGAUGAUUCCUAAAUUUUCAUCAAAGGAUGAGGAAGUUGAUUACUGGAAGUCCCAAGCUCUUAAAUAUAAGAAAAGUUGCCAAGAUGCUCAAGAAGAACUGCAGGAGUUUCAGGAGGGAAGUCGGGAACUAGAGGCGGAGUUAGAGGCGCAGCUCACUCAGGCGGAGCACCGACUCAGAGAUCUACAAACUGAAAAUGAGAGGCUGAGGAGCGAGGUGUCAAACCUCAAGGAAAAACUGGAGCAACAGUAUGCCCAGAGCUACAAACAGAUUUCCAUGCUGGAGGACGACUUGAGCCAGACGCGCAGCAUCAAAGAGCAGCUCCACAAAUACGUCCGAGAGCUUGAACAGGCCAACGACGACUUGGAGAGGGCCAAAAGAGCAACAAUAGUGUCUCUCGAGGACUUUGAGGCACGGUUAAAUCAGGCCAUUGAGAGAAAUGCCUUCCUGGAGAGCGAGUUAGACGAGAAGGAGUCUCUGUUGGUGUCUGUGCAGCGGCUGAAGGAUGAGGCGCGAGACCUCAGACAGGAGCUAGCAGUCCGAGAGCGGACAACAGACAGGAUGUCAGCACCGAGCUCGCCCACUUUAGAGCUCAACAAGACCGAUUCUGCAGUGCAAGCCUCUUUGUCCCUCCCAGCAACACCUGUAGGGAAGAGCGUGGAGCAUUCCUUUAUCACCUCCAAAGCUCUUACCAAUGGAAGCCCCGCCCUUACGCCCUCUGCAAGAAUCUCAGCGCUUAAUAUUGUUGGAGACCUUCUGAGAAAAGUCGGGGCUUUGGAGUCCAAACUUGCAGCUUGUAGGAACUUUGCUAAAGACCAGGCAGCCAGGAAAAGCUACUCCACAGACAAGGGCCCGCUCAUCAACAGCAACGCCACCAAGUUCUCGCACUCCAUCCACACCACUUACUUUGAUAAAACCACUGUCAAUGGACUGGACCCCAGCUCUCUGACCUCCAUGGUCCCACCCAGAGCCGUGUCUCCUCCUGGCAUGCUGCCUUUAAGUGUGUGAGGCUGCUGAAACGCCUGCCCCCCCCACCACAGCGCGGCGACGGAGAGGACAGCUGUGUGCGUGCCUGAGGGUGCUCGCUCGCUCACUCGCUCGCCUGCUUAAGAGUUUGAGUAGAAUUGGCUAAAAUUCCUGUUGCAGCUAUAGGUGCAGCUGUGCUUGUGCUCCUUCCACAUGCGCAUGCGCCUGCAGCUGCACUGUGCUCGAGUGGCUGUCAUUGCAAUGCGCUUAACAUAAAAAAAAUCUGAUUUUCCCGACAAAGGUCCUAAACAGACCACAGCUUCGUUUAAAGCUCCCUUUUUCUAAACUGCACAGUUAAACUAUUAAGAAUGUAUGAUAUUUAAAAGGGAAACGUUCAUCCAAACUAAUUUAUCUGAGAGUCUGAUUGCAAACGCUGUUUUUCUACCUGAAGUUUUUUGCAUGUUUGUUAAGAGUGUUUACUGAAGUGCGAAUGACCGACGUGAAUGUUGAAUGGCCGCGUGGUGCAGGCGUUCCUCCCGUUCCCGGCUGGAAGAAGAAGUAGUUCUGAACCUCCUCAGCUGUGUGUCUCCUCUGCACUUAAACAAGCUGCUCCUCACAGGUUUUUGGUUGCAGUGGAGGUGGUUCUCGACAUCAGCUGACAUAUUUAGGAAAACAGUUAUGCCUUUUUUUUUAUUGUUUGUGUGAAUGUUGGAAGCUCACUGUGAUUCCUCACUUAUAAACAAGAGUUUGUGUUACUGUCCCAACAUGUUUGCCAGGUGUAGCUUCAUUUAUGGUUCUUUGCUGCCUCACAGCAGUGCAGCUAAUCGUUCUGUUCAGUAUUAACUUCGCUAUAUCCCCUUUAGUUUUCUAUUUUGAUUCUAUUUUAUGCACAAAAACUGAUUCUGCAUCCAUUAAUUUAUUAUCAAAGCUUGCAAGACCGUUAAAGUCAAUAUUCUGGGGUGUUUUUUGAGAAGGCGCCCUCAGAGGCUGUUACAGCUGCAGUCAGUCCGUACGUUUCUUUACCACUGUACGUCUGGCAUUAUAGAGUCCUAUUUAUUUCAGAUGCUGUUGGCAUGUGUUCCAGAGAAGUUUUACUACCAUACAGUGGUUACAUUGUAUAAUAACGUGUUUGUUGUAAAUGGUAAAAUAAAUAAAGAUUCAGAUUAUUACUAUA